AGCCAGUCUUCCUGAGUCCCCCGGCCCCGGGUUGGGACGUCUUCGGUCGGGCUGGGAGUAUAGGGAGGCUCCCGUUUGUUCGGUUGCUCGUCCCGGCGCCCAGCCUGGGGGCCUAAUGAGUGUGGAACCCACAUGAUAAGGCAAAGGGCGCUGCCUGAGAAUAACAGUAACAGGCGCGGCCGCUCGGCUCCCCGUGCGCUGUCCCACACCUCCCGAGCCUGGGCCUUCUGCGCACUCCUGGUUCCAUCCUUGCCCCUGAGACAUGCUGGGGUGACCGUCUGAAUUUCCCAGAUAAUGAAAAGGAAGCCGGAAAGGUGUCACCAACCACUAAACUGUCCUGCUUGCCCUCGUGGGCGGGGCACCGGGAGUCUCCUGGGAACGACAGAGGCCUUGGCAACACAAACCACGGUGUUGCAGCAACAGGCCAGUAGUCGAUGCGACACUGGGCUUAGGGCAGCCUGCAGUCCCUUCUGUGUAUGUAUGGAGCAUGUGGCAGCCCCAGAGCCCCCUCCUCGGGCCACUGAGAACGUUCUGCCACGGGCCGAGGCCUGGCUGCCUGGAGUCCCUGGGGGUGCUGCAGCCUGGGCCACCAACCUUGGGAUAGAGCUUCCCUCAGACCUAGAGCUGAGUGAGGAGCAGCGGCUGCAGGUCUGCAAGGAGCUGGUCGACCUGCAGAUCAAAAACCAGCGCUUGCAGGAGCAGCACGAUGCUGAAAUCUUUGAGCUGAAGAGUGAGAUCCUGUGGCUGGAGAGCCGCAUGCUGGAGCUGGAGCUGCAGGGAGCGCAGGCGGCCCCAGCAGAGGCUGAUCCAGGGCACCACCCGGCCCUGGCACAGGAGCUUGGGCACAAGGCCAGGGGGCAAGGACACUCCUUCCGUCACAGACUCCAGGCACAGUCCACAGACUUCCUGACCCCCGAGAACAAGCAGCAGGAGCUGGGGGACGGCACAGGUGUGCAGCCACCCAGCCUGAAGCUGCCGGCAGAGGCAAAGCGGGUGCAGGAGCAGCACGGGGCUCGGCAGAAGGCCCUGGAGACAUGUGUGGCAGCCCUGGGCCGGCAGCUGCAGGGAGCCUGGGAGGAGGCCAGGACAGCUGGGCAGCAACUGGCUGCACAAGCCGUGGUGUUGUCUGCCUGCCGGGGCCAGCUCCACCAGGCUGAGGCAGAAAACGCCCAGCUGCAGCUGCAACUCAAGAAGCUGAACGAGGCGUAUGCCAUCCGACUAAAGCACUGUGCCCGAAUCGUGGCCGGAUACGCAGAUGGCGCAGGCCCGAAGCCCACAGUCGCAGCCCUUCGGACAUUCCUGGAGACCACUCUGGAAGACAUUAGGGCAGCUCAUCACAGCCGUGAGCAACAGCUGGCCCGGGCCGCCCGCUCCUACCGCAAGUGCCUGGCAGAUCUGAGCCGGAGGCAUGAGGAGCUGCUGACUGCCCACAGUGUGCAGCAGAUGCUGGUGGAUCCUGUCAGGGCCCCUAGGACCCGCAGGGCUGCCUUUGGUGCGGCCCCCUCAGAUGUGGCGCUGCUGCCCCAGCACACAGUCACCGAAUCCAGCCACCAGAUGGAGGACCAGGCCAAGCUGGAGAAGCAGCUCCAGAAGCUCAAGGCCCAGGAGGGAUCCAGUGAAGUCUCCCAGGGAGGCACAUUAGAGCCGCAGGGCCUAGAAGCUGCAUCCUGGGCCCAGAUCCGCCAGAAUCUACAGGAGUUCGCCCGUGGCACCCAGGCAGAGCUGGAGCGGGAGCGGGCACAGCUGCUGGUCCGCGCCACGAUGGCAGAGGAGCAGCUUUCUGAGCUACAGGAGUAUGUGGACCAGCACCUGGGAAGGUACAAGCAGGAGAUCCUACGGCUGAGAAAGCUGGCGGGUACAGGGGACCCCUGGAAAGUGGGGGCCAUACCUUCAGACAAGCCCCAGCACCCAAGGACCUGCAGCCACUAACUGGUCAACAGGCAAACCUGGAGCAGAACUCUUCAUAGUUAGCCAGCAUGGCGCUCUCCCCAAAGCACCCCCUGGAAGAUGACUUCACCCAGCCCUCCAGCCAACAAGCAGCAGGGUGGGGUCUUCCCUUGUGGUCCAGUGGCUGAGUCUCCACGCUCCCUACGCAGGGCACCCUGGUUCAAUGCUGAUCAAGGAACUAGAUCCCACAUGCCACAACUAAGAGUUCUCAAAAGAUCCCACGUGCUGCAGCUAAGACCCAGCAUAACCAAAUAAAUAAAUAUUAAAAA